AUGUAUCGAUACUUGCGGAGUAGCUUCUCAAUUUUAAUUCGUCCAUCUUAUGUUCAAUCUCAAAUACUGUACGAAUGCAAUUUUGACAAUGCUACAUUAAAUGAAAAGUGCUUCACUACAGACGUUUUACUUAUCUCAAAUUUUGCAUUCCUAAUUGAUCAACCAUUAGAUCAUCCAGCAUCUGACGUUACAUCAACCUUAAAGCCAAUGAAUAAUGGGCAAGUGUGCUAUUGUCCAACAGAAAAUGAUGAAAAUAGCGAGUGUGCACCAGGACAAUAUGAUGCGUUCCAGUUUUGUGAUAAUACAACAAAUUCUUUCCAACUCAAGGCUGAAUUAAAUAACAUCAAUGUUACCAGUGAACAAUAUCUUAUCUAUUAUUAUUACAUAUCAAAUAUUAGCCAAAAACGCAUACCAAUAAUUAAAGAAGUGGAUGGUACUAAUGAGACAAUCGAUUUUGUUACCAGUAGUCAUUUUAAUGGAUGGACUAAACAUGAAAUACUCUUUAAUGCAACAGAGUCUGGUUACAAGAUCUAUUUCGAUUUACAAAAAACAUCAUCGGAAAUAUCUCUCUUUCAUAUUGCAUUGGACGAAAUAUCAAUUCGACAAGUCAAUGCUGAUAUGUAG